UCAAACCUUCAAACCCCACGUCUUUGGGCCAAGAUCUUCUUCCUCGCCGAAAACCCUAUCUUCCCUCUUUCUUCUCCUUAGGAUCUCCAACUCCUUUUGCUCGUAGGUUCCAACAUGUCUAACGCUUUGGACAUGUCUCUCGAUGAUCUCAUCAAGAACAAUAAACGAUCCGGAGGCGGUGGCAACGCCAGAGGCCGUGGCCGCGGCUCUGGACCUGGCCCUGCCCGUCGUCUCCCCAAUCGCGGCGCUAAUCGAAUCACACCCUAUUCCGUGAGCAAGGCGCCGGAGACGGCAUGGCAGCAUGAUAUGUUUGCAGAUCAGGCGGCAGCCUAUCCGGCGCAAGCCGGUAGGACUUCGGCCAUUGAAACAGGAACGAAGCUUUAUAUUUCUAACUUGGAUUAUGGCGUCUCGAAUGAGGAUAUCAAGGAACUUUUUUCAGAGGUUGGUGACCUGAAAAGAUAUUCAAUCCAUUAUGAUCGGAGUGGGAGAUCGAAGGGAACGGCAGAGGUUGUCUUCUCCCGACGAGGAGAUGCUGUAGCAGCUGUCAAGAGAUACAACAAUGUUCAGCUUGAUGGGAAGCCAAUGAAAAUAGAAAUCGUGGGAACAAAUAUUGCAACACCUGCUGCUGUGCCUCCUGUUACUAAUGGAACUUUUGGAAAUUCAAAUGGUGGUCUCAGAAGGACUGUUGGUUCUCAUGGACUGUACAAGAAAAUAUUAGUUGCCCAAGGAAGGGGUGGUUCACAGGGACGGCCACGUGGUGGCAGUGGCGGCCGUGGAUUUGGAAGGGGGCGUGGACGGGGAAGAGGAGGCCGUGGUGAAAAGGUGUCUGCAGAGGAUCUUGAUGCUGAUUUGGAGAAGUACCACUCUGAAGCAAUGCAGAUAAACUGAAGGGCAUCUCAUGUGUUUUAUUGGUUCGGUUUUUACUCUUCUGCUAUAGCCAUUGUGUACUUGAUGAUGCAACAACACUGACUGUUUUAUGUAUUUCUACCAACAUCUUACUUUUAGAGGGAAGGAAAGAAGUACUCGUAGGGAAAAACCGUUAGAAUCUUGGUUUAUCGAGCUUGGGCUUUUAUUGUCAACUGUUCCUUUGAUUUGGGUGUAGUAUGUGGGGUAAUUGACCAGCACCCUAUGUAUUCUGCACUCCUACUUUCCGUUAGGUUCUAUCCUUUUUGCUUCAUUCCACAAGCAUUGGCAUGGAAGUGGGAAUUGUUUCUCUUUAUUUAUCUGCAUACAAAGAAGACAUCUGCAAGGUGAGGGAGGGAGGUUUGAGCUUAACAAAGGUUCAUCAACUAUGUUCUGGAGUUUCUUCAUCAUUAAACUGGCGUGACGGCAAUUUGAGGUAGUUUUCUUCAUGUUUUUCCCUUCACCUUUGGAUCCAACUGUUAAAAUUUUUGCCCCCUGCAUUGUGUUAAUAAUGCUGUUAAUUGGUUGUUUUCUUUA